UGAGAUUGAGAGAGAGAGAGAAAGGACAGCUUGGUGAGAGAAGGAGCUGGUUGGGUUGGUGCUUUUGAAGUGUUGCUGUUGAAAAUUUUCAGUUUACAUGAUAUGAAGAUCAGGAGGUAAAGAAGAGAAGCAAGCAAACACACAUAUGUUUGAUGGAGCACCAGAUCACCAGUUCCACCAGUGGAUAGCCUCAAGAACCACUCUCCCUAGUCUUUCUCCCUCAUUCCCAGUACCCCAUGCCUUUUCAUCUCCUAAUAUUUUCCCUUCCUAUGAUCAUUAUGAUCCUUCUCUUUCCCUCCCACCAAACCUUUUGCACCCAUUGCACCAGCAAUCUCCCACCCACAAAUUAGAUCAUCAAGAACAGAAACAAGAAAAUAACUUGGUGUCCAUGAAUUUAGACACUGAAAGACAGAGAUCAUUACCGGACCCAAUCGAAUCAUGGGCUAACGAAGAAGUUCUUGCACUGUUGAGAAUCAGAUCUGGCAUGGAAAAUUGGUUCCCGGAGUUCACUUGGGAACAUGUCUCAAGGAAGUUAGCAGAGGUUGGGUUCAAGAGGAGUCCUUCGAAGUGCAAGGAGAAGUUUGAAGAGGAAAGUAGAUACUUCAAUGACAACAUAAACUACAACAAAAGCUACAGAUUUCUCAGUGAGCUUGAGGAGCUAUAUCAGGGUCAUGAUCACCAAAACCCUCGGGUUGGGGCCGGAAAGAACCAAAGGAUAUUGGAAAAGCCAAGUGGAGGAGAAGACAACUUGGGGCAGAGUAAUUUGGAAGUGGAUUCAAGAGAUGGAACAGUUGGAAAUAAGAGAUUUGAGGAUAGUCAUCAUGAGAAUCUUCUGGAAAAAUCAAAGCGAAAAAAGAGAAAAAGGAGGAAGAAGUUUGAGAUGCUCAAGGGUUUAUGUGAGAAAAUUGUGAUCAAGAUAAUGGCUCAGCAAGAGGAGAUGCACAACAAGCUUCUUGAAGAUAUGGUGAAGAGAGAUGAAGAAAAGGUUGCCAAAGAAGAAGCUUGGAAGAAACAAGCGCUGGAUAGGAUGAAUAAAGAGCUUGAAAUUAUGGCAAAUGAACAGGCUAUUGCAGGAGUUAGACAGGCAACAAUCAUUGAGUACUUCAAGCAACUCACAUCGAGUUCUUUAGGAAGCCAUUGCGUUGAAGAGAGAGCAGCACUACUUGUACAUGAGUCUCUCAAGGUAACAACGAGUUCAAAUUCAUAUCCUUCCAGUUCUUCAUGUUCCUUAAUUCAAGCACCAAACCAUAAUCAUAGAUCCCUUUCAACCCAAGUGAACUCGAUCACACCCACUUCCAUAACCAAAACCCUAUCUCAUCAAAACACUAGUCCAGCUCUUUCCCCAAACACUCCAGAUGUACCCACUUCAUCUUCUCUUCCCAUGGCGUCCCGAAACCCUAAUUCUAUAAACACCCAAAAAAACCCACUUACACUCAUUUCAACUCGGACACAGAAGGUCUCCCAAGACUCCAUAACCAAUGUCAAAGAUAACCAUGGAAAGAGAUGGCCAAGAGAUGAAGUUUUGGCACUUAUAAACAUGAGGUGCAGUACUCAGUACAAUAAUAGCAAUGGUGGUGAUCAGGACAAGGAAGGAAUUGCCAAGGCUCCUCCUCUAUGGGAGAGAAUCUCACAAGGGAUGCUGGAGUUGGGUUACAAGAGGAGUGCAAAGAGGUGCAAAGAGAAAUGGGAGAACAUAAAUAAGUAUUUCAAGAAAACCAAGGAUGUUAACAAAAAGAGGUCCCUUGACUCUAGGACAUGCCCUUAUUUUCAUCAAUUGAGUACCUUGUACAUGAGUCAAGGAACGUCACAAGAAGUUGCAGCACCUUCCGAAGGGCCUGAAAACAUCUUGACUACGUAAUAAUUCACCGGAAAACCACUUGGGUUCACCGGAGGUCGGCCUCAUUAAUAUUUCUUCCCAAGGCGUGUCUAGCUAGUUAUUCAACAACGUACAUUGCAAGUUGCUGAUCAUGAAGAGCGCAGGUGAUCAGAAAAAUAUGGCCGUUAGAAGUACGUACAACCUUUCGAUUUCGAUUUUGUGUGGGAAUUAUAUAUCAUGCAGUAGUACUAUAGUACUGGCCGGUGAUAAUUAAUGAUACUAAUAAGUGGUACACUUUCUUCCAAUAAUAUUUCGUUUAUAUAUAGUA